AUGCGUUUUGGUAAGAUUCUGUACGUUUUAGAGCCGUUAAUUUACAGCAAUCGACGGCGAGAAGCAGCGAGGGGAGGAAUCCUUGCAAUCUCGACGCUCCGAGUGACACUAGAAGCAAACCAACCCCGUCAAGCCAUGGCUUCGUCGUUUCCGCGACGCGUCAGAAUGUCCGUUCCGUCGACCACGUGGUUCUCGUCCUCCUCCCACGUGGUCGUCGCUGCGCUUCUCUGCGUCAUUGCGGCGCGUGCUGCCGCUGCGGAGUGUCUGGUUGGUUCCGGAUUCUACGGAGUUGAUUGCACCGCGUGCCCUGUGUGUCAGAACCUUGGCACGUGCAAAGACGGGCCCGAGGGUGACGGCACGUGCGCCUGCCCUCCCACCACCACGGGGCCUCUCUGCGAGCUCUGCGCGCCCAACUACGACCCUGACACCAAGUGCACCACCAUCCUGGACGCCUGUGCAUCGUACCUAAAUGACACGGCUGCAGAGGACAGCGCGUUCGCCAAGUGGUGCAAGAUGCGACCCAAUGGGGAGUGCAUUACUGAUUUCGACGCCGUGCCGACCCGCUCGACCUGCGGGUGCCAGGCGGGAUUCACCCUUGACGAGGCGACCCAAACAUGUCUUGAUGUUAACGAGUGCAAGAUGAGGCCUUGCGUGGAUGUGAAGUACUCUGUUUGCAUCAAUCUGGUGGGGACAUACAACUGCACGUGCGCAAAAGGUUAUGUGGCUACAUUUGUUGAUUCUCUUAACAUCGUUCGCACAUGUGAGAAGCCAGUUCCUCCUGUGACGACCAAGGUCAUGUUUCCUAUGCCAUGA